AUGUUGCUGCUUCAGUGCAGAAAUAGAAUCUCUUUUCCUAAACUACAUAACUUGGUACCUAGUGGGAAAAUGAAGAUUUUCCUGGUCUUUCUAGGUCUGCUUGGCAAUUCCGCUGCGAUGCCAAUGCCCAUGCCCCGAAUGCCUGGAUUUAGCAGUAAAAGUGAGGAGAUGAUGCGUUAUGGUCAAUUCAACUUUAUGAGUCCUCCAUAUAUGGCACCUAUGAUCCCUUAUGGAAAUGGCUUGCAGUUUCCCCAGCAGUUCCCACAGUUCCAGAUGCCUAUGUGGCCUCAGCCACCACCUAGUGCAUGGCAGAAUCCCCCAACACCCAAACACCAGGGCAACAAUGACCAUACCCCAGACACUCAAAAACCCAACCAGACUGAGACAAACACUCCAACGCAGAAGCAGCCUUCAACAUCACCACCACAUGAACCAACUCAGGGCAAAGAGGAGGCUCCACCACCUCAGCCGUUUCCACCAUUUGGCAAUGGGCUAUUUCCCUUUCAACAACCACCAUGGCCAAUUCCACAGAGGGUACCACCACCAGGGUUUGGACGUCCACCUCUCAGCAGUGAAGAUGGAGGAGGAAAUCCUUAUUUUGGAUUUUUUGGAUAUCAUGGCUUUGGGGGUCGCCCUUAUUAUUCAGAAGAGAUGUUUGACGAUUAUGAAAAGCCUAAAGAAAAAGAUCCUCCUAAAGAAGAGAGCCCAGCCACAGAAACCUCAGCUAAUUCAACACUGACUGAGACGAAUUCUACCCAACCAAAUGCAGGAGGGAAUCAAGGCGGAAAUGACACCAAUACAACAGGAAACAGUGCUCCUGGGCAGAACCCUGGAAGCAACCCUACACCUCAAAAUAGGGUCUUCCCACUCCCUAGAGUUAAUGUUUCAGGUCAGGCAGUUACCAGAAACCAAAUCCCAUGGAGAUCAGGUCAACCAAAUAUUUAUAAAAAUUAUCCAAAUCCUAAUAUCCGAAAUUUUCCUUCAGGAAAACAAUGGCAUCCCACUGGUACUGUGACAGAUCACAGACAGUUUGGGCCUUUCUACCGAAAUCAACAGGGUCAAAGGGGUCCUCAGUGGAACUCUUUUGCUUGGGAAGGCAAACAAGCAGCUCGAAAUCCAACUGCUCAUCCAGGAAAUCCAACUUAUCGAAAAUCUUACCCUCCUACUUCAAGAGUCAACUAUCCCAACUAUGUAGGAAAUCCAGCGAAUUUCAAGAGAAAACCUCAGGGGCCAAAUAAGCAACCUGUGGGAACCAAUGCUGCUUCAUUGGGUCCCAAACAGGGCAUUGUUGGCCGCAAUGAAAAAAUCCAAAAUCCAAAGGUAAAGUCACCAGGUCCACAAACCCCGUCUACACAGGCUACACCGGCCCCCUGGAGAAACUCUCAACAUUACAGAAUUAACAAACCAAAUUAUAAAGUGCCUCGCCCUGAAGGUAACAUGAUAGGCCCAAAUUUUAAUUCUGUUAAUCAACGUGAAAACUCCUAUUACCCAAGAGGAGAUUCCAAAAGAGCACCAAGUUCCAAUGCACAAACCCAAAGCCAUAAUUUACCAAAAGGGAUUGCUUUAGAGCCAAAAAGAAUCCCUUAUGAGUCUGAAACUAAACAGCAUGAACCAAAGCAAAAUACACACCAACCUGUGUAUCCUAAGGAAAUCCCUUCUCCUACAAGAGAACGUUUUCCUGCUGGAAGAAAUACCUGGAACCACCAAGGAAUCCCACCAUCCUUUAAGGAAUAUCCUGGAAGGCAAGAAAAACAUUUACCUCAUCUGUCCCAUGGCUCUAACAGAAAUGUUUUCUACCCUAAUUAUAGCCCUUAUUAUCCUAGGGAAAACUCAUUAUACAUUGGAGGCAAUAUAUGGGAUGAAAGAGUUGAUGAUACUCCCAAAACUGUGAGGCAACCAGAAAAUUCACAGUAUGUCAUGAAUGCUCUAGACCAGAAAGCCACUGUUCAUUAUAAUGAAGAAGACCCAAUUGAUCCAACUGGAGAUGAAUCUUUUACAGAACAAAAUAAAUGGGGUGAGGAUGAGAUGGACUAUAAAGGAGGCUCAAAAAUUAGGCUUUUCAAAGGUAAGCAAUAUGCCUCAAAUCAACCAAAGGAAUAUUUUCCCUAUUCCUUGGGUAAUCCACCAAAACCCAGGGAAGAUUUCCUUUAUGGUGAACUUUAUCCCUGGAACCCAGAUGAGACUUUUCCCUCAAACAGUCCUGGUCCCACUCUAUCACCACCGGUGGAGAAUGGGGACUAUUAUCUUACUAAUGCUAUUGGACAAGAAGAAAGCACUCUCUUCCCUUCAUGGAACUCCUGGGACCACAGGAUUCAAACCCAAGAGCAAAAAGAAAGAGAGCCAUAUUUCAACAAAGAUUUCUGGGAGCAGUCAACAAAUUUACACACAGCUAAUCUACCAGACCAAAAUGAGAACUAUCUCUAUCCCAAGAAUUCCCCAGUUGGACUUCAGAAAAAUCCAACCUGGCAUGAAGAUGAGAAUUUGAACUAUGACUUGCAAAUUACUAGGUUAACUUUACCAGAAAGAGAACAUUUGGCUUUCCCAGAUUUAAUUCCUCAAAUUUACCCAUCAAGUCAAAAAGAAGCACAUUUAUUUCACCAAGGCCAAAGAGGUUCCUGCUGCAUUGGUGGCCCCAUCGGGCCUAAAGACAAUCCAAUGGCUCUACAAGACUAUACGCCAUCCUAUAGUCUUGCACUAGGAGAGAAGCAAGACACAAACCCUAUGUAUACCGAAAGUAGCAAUACCAAAUAUACAAGAUCUGUUGUCUCUCCAACAAGUAUCCUAACUGAUCAGAGAAACAACUCAGAGAAGGAACUGCCUGGAGAAAGCCAAAGCCCAAGUCUUUUUAGAGAUCAUAUGUCCACUAUGAGAAGGAAUACACCAUGUUCUAUAAAGAAUCAACUGGGACAAAUAGGAAUUCUGUCCUUUCCUGAUGCCAGUACCCUUCAAUCAAAGAACACACCUUGUCUCAAAAAUGAUCUGGGAGAAGAUAGAAAUAAUGAUCUGGAACAAAUUUUCGAAAGCAACCAGCCUGACAAAAGAACUGUUGACCUUACUCCUGAGCAGCUUGUUAUUGGUACACCUGACAAAGAUCCCAAACCAGAAGGUAUUCAAAUGGAAGGAAAUGACAACAACAGGGAAGAGCAAAGACCACCUAAUAUCUUGAAGGUACCAUGCCUUGGCUCCAAAUUAACAAAGCUUCAUUCCUCCACCACAGCAACUCCAUCUAGCAAUGGAAGGCAAAGCCUAACUGAUAGUGAUCUUUCUAUGCCAACUGAAAGUCCUAAUACAUUAGUUGGGUUAGCUACAGGGGAACAAUUUAAGAAUAUAAAUGGAGACCAACUUAAUGCAGAUAAACAUACUUCAUUUGAAUCCUUUCAAGGAGGUAUCAAUCCACAGGACCAAGUAGAAGGCUGCUUAUUACUUCAGGCCUAGGGAUUCUUUUAACCAAGCAUUCUUAGGGGAAGGAAAAUAAUAUUCUAUACCAACGGUUCCCCAACUUUUUUUCCCAAGAGUUAAGUAUCCCCUUGGUGAUCCUUUAGUGUUUCUUCAUUCCAGUAGUAGUGGAAUAGUGGCUUAAGUGGAGCUAAUGAGAUUAGGCCUCUUUGGAGUGGGUGAAUCCAGCUCUGUCACAAAUUAGUGAAGACCUAAAAGAAAGUACAAAAGCCAUAACCACUUCUGCCUUGAAACUUGGAAGCUACUUGUCUGAGUUUCCUUUUGCUUUCUGAUUCCACCUUUUUCUCUCAAAAGUCCCUGUUUGCAAAAUUAUCUGGUUUUGUAUGUUAAAGGCAGACGAACAAUCCAUUUUGUGUAUGGAGAUCUAUAUACCAGUAUAAUCCUGAUGCACUGUAUAUUUUAUUUUCUUGCAUUUAUUUUUUGUUGUUUUUUCCUAGUUAGUAUUCUUUGUACUCUCUUUAUCAUUUCCUUUCUUGCCAUUGUUCCUUCUUUCUUUCUCACCCAUUCUAUAGUUAGCUUUCUAUUUUUCUCCCCAUCUUUCUAUCACUUCUAUACAAGGAUAACUAUUGCUAACUACAAUUAGUCUUUUAUAUUCACUUCCUCCACUUUCUUUCCAUCCUCUUGUUCUGGCUCCUAAUGUGUCACUUGACAAUCAAUCCCUUUCAGUUAUUCACCUUCACUCUUCCCCCUUUCUCAAUUCUACUACUCUCCCGUUUUUAUUUCUUGGCCCAGCCAAUCCAUUACUGUAAGAUAUAUUUGACAUAGCACAUACUGAUACUUUUUUUUAAAUCUUCUCACGAUCUCUACCAGGUAGACAGCUCAAUUGAAGUAAUAUAUUCCAGGAGAAGAGAAGACAGUUACCAGAAUUAGAUAGUUACCAGAAUUAGAAGCCUAGGGCAAAGACUUAGGAAAGUAGGAAAUGAAGAACUAAAGAAACUGUCACUGUGGAACUGAUUAUCCAGAAAAAACACUGGGACUUGCCACAUCCCAUCACCAAUUCACAAUUUCAGAAUCCAUAGAAUCUUAUGCAGAUAAAACCCUCAAUAUAUUUAGCGUUACUAGUUCAGAAUAAAUUAUUCUAACAAUGUAUACUACUACUAACAUGCUUAUUUUUCAUGUCCUUGUAGAAUUAUUCACAGACACAGUUUCUUGGUAUCUUUAAUAAAUAGUGUAAAUUAUUUUGUAAAGUAGAUAUUUCUAUGUUGUCUUGAGUUUUAUUAUUAUUUUUAUUACUGUUAAAGGCAUUUUGGCCUAUUAUUUGGAUAUUUGCUUGCAUAGAGGGGAUUUCUUUGAAAGCUACCUUUUAACUCUGUGACAUUUCUAAGGAGAAAAUUUUCUGAGACAGAUUUCAUAAAAUCUCAGAGAUCUGGGAAAUGCACUAUCACAAAAAACCUAAGGAGGAUAAUCCUUUCUGAAGUUUUCAUUAAAUUUACUAAAAUAUCUAUCAGUGUCUUGUCCAUAGAAAGUGCCAGUAAACUUUACUGAUUGAUUUUUGAAUGGCUUUCAAUAUUUGCACAAAAACACUAUAGUCUGCUUUCCUUGCAAGUAAA